CAGGGACAAGAAAACUGUGUUUCGGGCCGCUUCAUUUGAAAGGCUAUUAAAAUGUUCAAAUAAUAUUUCGAGUAAAUGCAGCUCCAUUAGGGCAGAAAGUGGAGAGGUGCGCUUGUUCCCCCGCCGAUCUACCUCGUAGAAAAUAAAUUCGGACAUCAGAUUGAGGGCUAAAUCCAUAUUUUUGAUACUGGUGAUGCGGCCGCAUAUUAGCUCACCUAGAAUUAUCAUUUAUACCAGUUGGUUCAAAAACAAAUCAAAUUCACUCACCUAUUUUAUUUAGGGCUUCUUUAGCACAAAGAGGGAAUUCUAACUUGCGCAAAGUUUGUUUAAGAUUCACUUCAGAGGCUGCAGACAUGUUAUGGAAUUGAGGUUAUGUUUAGGCAACUUUUAAAUUAGAAUUGAAUCACAAUUUUGCAUUAUUGAGAGGCCACAGGCACGUUAUUAUUACCCCAUCAUUCAUAUAAGAGCCUAAAAAAAUGAAAUGCCUAGAAUUAUUCUUCGUUUUGUUUUUUGAGGUUAGAAUUCGACCAGAGUUGAGGUUAUGUUUAGGGUUUUUUUGAAUUAAUUUAAUUCCAAUUUUGCAUUUUAUUGCAGCUAGAAAAUGGUUGUUGCAUUGGGUUUAGAAGGCAGUGCCAAUAAACUAGGCAUUGGGGUUAUAAAAAGCGGACGAGUGUUAUCAAAUUGCAGAAAAACGUACAUAACCCCACCGGGCGAAGGCUUCUUACCGAAAGAAACAGCCGAACACCACCGAAAAAACGUGAUAAGUGUCCUCAAAGAUGCACUUGAUCAGUCAGGUGUUAAACCGGCCGAAAUUGAUGUUAUUUGUUACACCAAGGGGCCUGGUAUGGGGGCCCCUUUAGCAACCGUUGCAGUUGUAGCACGAACUUUGGCCCAGUUGUGGAAUAAACCGUUGUUGGGGGUUAAUCAUUGCAUCGGCCAUAUUGAGAUGGGUAAAUUGAUUACAAAAGCAACAAAUCCCAUUGUUCUCUAUGUUAGCGGGGGCAACACUCAAGUAGUAGCUUACUCAAGACAUAAGUACCGAAUUUUUGGUGAAACUAUUGACAUUGCUGUGGGGAACUGUUUAGAUCGAUUUGCACGAGUUUUGAAACUCCCGAAUGACCCCAGUCCAGGCUACAACAUUGAACAAAUGGCAAAAAAGGGGAGUAAAUUCAUAGAGUUGCCAUACUGCGUGAAAGGCAUGGAUGUUAGUUUUUCCGGGAUUUUAACAUUUAUGGAAGAAAGAGCCGAUAAAUUUCUCCAAUCAGGGUAUUCCCCUGAAGAUUUAUGUUUUUCUCUACAAGAGACGUUAUUUCCCAUGUUGGUUGAAAUAACUGAACGUGCUUUAGCCCACUGUAAUUCACAGGAGGUUCUUAUCGUUGGGGGCGUAGGUUGUAAUGAGAGAUUACAAGAAAUGAUGAAACAAAUGUGUGACGAAAGAGGGGCUAAACUAUUUGCGACCGAUGAACGAUUUUGCAUUGAUAAUGGGGUGAUGAUUGCACAAGCUGGAUCUGAAAUGUUCAGGUCAGGUACUAGAAUGAGGUGGGAGGAGUGUUUUAUCACUCAGAGGUAUAGAACCGAUGAAGUGGAAGUAACUUGGCGUAUAGAUUGAUGAAAUAAGUUGUAUUAUUAAUUUUUUUGCAAUAAAACAAGUUUCUUUGAAUUA